AUGUACGCGUUGGGGAAUGCCAGCGUGUUCACGAUUUUGGACUGUAGCAGGGGCUUUCUGCAGAUUCCUGUAGGGGAGGAGGAUAUCCAAAAGACGGCAUUCACGUGUCACAGAGGCUUGUUUGAAUUUACGAGACUCCCUUUUGGAUUGUCCAACUCGCCCGUUAGUUUUCAGAGGCUAAUGGACGUCGUGCUGGAUGACGCGAAGUUCAAUUAUGCCAUGGCUUACAUGGACGACGUAGUGGUAUUUUCUAAGUCGUUCGAUGAGCAUCUCGUUCACUUGGGCAAUGUGUUAAGUCGGAUGAGGGACGCGGGGUUGACCAUUAAUCCCGGCAAAGUUCAGCUUGCAUCCCCCAAAGUGGAUCUCCUUGGUUUUGUAGUUGAUCUUGGUACGCUAAGUCCGAAUGAGGAUAAAUUGAGGGCCAUACUCGAGUAUCCUCGUCCGCAUGACGUCAAGAGCCUUCAGAGGUUCCUAGGAAUGGUUGGCUUCUAUCGCCAGUUCAUCCCGCAUUGCGCGUCCUUAGCAAAACCACUGUACGAGCUACUGCGGAAGAAUUCCCAGUGGGCUUGGGGGCCUAGGCAGGAGGAGGCGUUUCGCUCCUCAUCACAAGCUAUAGCGGAUACAGCUAAAUUGUGGUUGCCAGAUCUUAACAAGCCGUUCGUUAUGCAAACUGAUGCAAGCGAUUACGGGCUUGGUGCAGUGUUGCUACAGGAACACGAUGGUGGUCUAUGCCCGGUCGGGUUCGCUAGUCGCACACUGUCGCCGGCGGAGAUGAACUAUUCCGUUACGAAGAAGGAGUGCUUGGCGGUAAAGUUUGGCUUGAAAAAGUUCGACAUGUAUUUGGAUGGGACAACUUUUACCAUUCAGACCGACCACCAAGCACUCUCUUGGCUGCAGCGGUUGAAGAAACCGUCAGGCAGAUUAGCACGCUGGGCGUUAGCACUUCAGGGCUAUUCCUACCAUGUAGAAUACCUGAAAGGAAACGCGAACAAAGUGGCAGACGCUUUGUCCCGUGCGCCACUGGGUUACAGCUGUGAAUUACAGCAGGAACAUCAGUGUCAGGGCAGGUCAUCGACCGGUUGUGUGGGUGACUUGGACCUGGUUAGAGCCGCUAGACGCGGGAGGUCCUCUCUCCCAGCGGAAGAGAGAGGAGGGGAGAUUGGGUGCGCGUGCGAUUACGCUAAUCUCCCGGAAGGCGAGGAACGGCAGACCGAGGAGGGGGAUCUCGUGGCCGCGAUUGGUUUGAAUCGGGCAGGUAACUCCUUGUCUUGUGGCACGAUCGUAAGCAGGGAAGAGCUCUUAGAGGCACAGAAGUCGGACGGUUUAUGUCAGCGGGUGUCGGAAAAGCUGGCGGAUAAUAGUGCAGCUGACACCGGUAACGCUGGCAGGGAUGACGACGGGUGCCUCGACUCAUAUCUCUUGAGUGAGGACGGGCUUUUGCUGCGAUAUGUGCCCGGGUUAGACGAGGAGGACGAGAGUGUUUCCCCCUUCAAGGUCGUAGUUCCCAGGAAAUUGCGAAGGGUGUUUAUGCGUUAUUUCCAUGACUCAGCCCUUGCGGGUCACGGCAGUGGCAGCAAGACUUUUCAUAAGUUAUGCCGCGUCGCGACCUGGCCGGGGAUGAGGCAGGAUGUUAUGCGCUUUACCCGGAGCUGCCCCGUGUGCCAGAAAGCAAAACCAAGGGGUGGUAAACCCCCAGGGUUCAUGCAGCCAGUAGUCAGUAGCUACCCCUGGCACAUAGUAGCGUGUGACGUAAUGGGUCCAUUUCCCAGAAGUCCAAGGGGGAAUCAGUACCUGUUGGUGGUUACUGACCACUUUUCUAAGUGGGUGGAGUUAUUCCCGCUUAGGAAGCUGGUGUCGGAGCGGAUAUGGGACCGGCUGAUGGAGACUUUUUCCCGGUUCGGUUUUCCGGCACAGUUGAUCACUGACAACGCCAGUUAUUUCACUGGCCGAGUCUUUGUCGACUCUUGUGCUGCACUUGGUAUUCAGCACAAGAGAACGACGCCGUAUCAUCCCCAGGCAUGCUUUCCCAUUGGAGAACGGACUGAGACAGUGCACGGAGCCGAUUGCUCGGAAUCUGUCGAGGUACGCGAGCGAGCUGCGUAG